AUGGCUGUUAACAUCCCAGGAUUGAUAGUGAUGGUGAUUUUCUACCUGAUGGUCCUUGGGACCGGCAUCUGGGCUUCUUUCAAGUCCAAAAAGGAACAGAAGAAAAGUGCAGCCACUGGAAUGGAUAUGGCUCUGCUGGGAAACCGCAGCAUUAGCUUGUUGGUGGGGAGCUUCACAAUGACAGCAACGUGGGUCGGAGGAGGCCUUAUUGUCGGCACAACUGAGAUGGUGUACACGCCAUCUUUGGGACUAACCAGCACCACCCUGAUGCUGGUGGCAUACAGCUCUUCUUUUGUUAUUUGUGGCUUGGUGUUUGCAAAGCCGCUGAGAGACAGAAACUGUGUGACCAUUCUGGACCCCUUCCAUGCCAAGUAUGGAAAAGUAGUAACUACUGCACUGUCCCUGGUUUCAAUAUGUUUGGAUCUGGUCCUUUUACCCUGCACACUCAUUGGUUUAGGAGGAACCAUGAGUGUGGUCCUGGAUUUGCCCUACAGUGUGUGCAUUUGGAUCUCUGCCGCUGUCGCCAUCCUCUACACGCUGCUGGGAGGCCUCUACUCUGUGGCCUACACAGAUGUCCUACAGCUUAUCCUCAUAUUCAUCAGCAUGUGGAUGUGUGUUCCCUUUGUUUUGAUGAACCCCGACUGCUCGGACAUUACCCAGACACUGAUGAACAACACCCGGCAUGCUCCCUGGAUUGGUGCACUGGAGCUGAAAAACACCUGGAUAUUGAUUGAUGAGUUCUUAUCAUUCGCACUGGGGAGUCUGGGAUUUCAGUGCAUUCAUCAGAGGACUUUGUCGGCGUCUUCCACAGCGACAGCCAAGAACACUUGCAUUGUUUCUGCUUUCAUCUUCCCUUUAUUUGGGAUUCCUUCUGUACUGAUUGGGGCAGCUGCUGCCUCCACAGACUGGAACCUGACUUCGUACGGUUCUCCAUCUCCAUUUGAACGUGGGGAAUCAGCUCAAGUUAUGCCCAUCACCCUGCAGCAUCUCACUCCGUUCUACAUAUCCAUCAUCGGUAUUGGAGCUGUGGCCGCUGCUGUGAUGUCAUCCAUUGACUCUUAUUUACUUUCUGCAUCUUCUGUCUUCGCCUCCAGCAUAUACAAGAACAUCCUGAGGCCUCAGGCAUCCGACAGGGAGAUCCAGUGGGCGAUCCGUGCUACUGUGUUGGUAGUGGGCUUGGGUGGUACAUCCCUUUCCUUGAUAAAAAGCAGCAUCUUACUGUUCUGGUUCAUUGGUUCUGAACUGGCCUACAUCAUAACCUUCCCUCAAUUGGUCUGCAUCCUCUUCUUCAAAAUCUCCAAUGGUUACGGGGCAGUUAUGGGCUUGCUGGUGGGAGUAGGGUUGAAACUGCUCAGUGGAGACCCAAACCUAGGGUUAGCGCCGGUCGUACACUUCCCAGGAUGCACUCUUGAGAACGGUGUUUAUGUCCAGUACUCGCCAGUUAAAACCAUCUCCAUGCUGUCAGUCAUUGCUGCCAUCUUGUUUUUCUCCUACCUGACUUCUGUGUUCUUCAACAAAGGCCUGCUACCUGAGGAGUGGGAUGUGUUUAGAGUGAAAGCCCAGCACUCAACGCAACCAGACACAGCCACAGAUGGCACCACAGAGCAUAGUGAGAAUGAGAAGCUGAAUGGAAGCAACUCUCAGGCAGAGGCAUCAGAGCUAAUGGUUAGCACAAGCUGUUAG